AUGGAUGAGGACGUGGCGCGAUCGAAACGGAGCAUAUGCGAGGCAAUUCAGCUGGCGUUCGGUGGAUUGAAAUUUGAUGUGAUAUGUGUGACGGGCGAUUUGAGUUACACGGUGCAUACGAAACGGUAUUGUGAAAUGACCAAAGGCAAUGUGACGUGCUUUGCAUUCAGGUGA